UUUCUUUCGAAUCCUAUCUGCUUGUCUGCCGCCGCCGCCGCCGUCGCUGCCUCCGGCAGGUGGCCCAAUCCCCGCAUCCGCCGGCGCCGGAUGCUCCUCCGCCGCGCCAUCUCCGCCGCAGCGCAGCGCUCCUCCCGAUUAACGCACUCGCAUCCCCUCCUCCGGCACGUGGGUCCUUCCUUCUCCAGGCGCACCACCACCUCCUCCCCGCGUCGUCUCGGCCGUCGUCGCGCCCCACUGGCUGACUGCGACGCCCUAACAGCUACCGCCGCGCCGCGGCCGUUCCCGGACUACUCCCCGCCCCUCCCCGAUUCGCCGGUCGACGACGACCUCGCGCGACGCCUCGCCGCCGCCGUCCUCUCUUCCCCGAGACCCGCCUCUCUCCCUCCUCUCCCCUUCCUCCCUCUCCUCCGCCCACUGCAUCUCCUCCUCGCGCUCCCGCGGCUCGCCUCCCACCCCGACCUUCCCAGCAUCCUCCUGCCGCUCCUCCUCCUCUUCCCAUCGGGGCCUCGCCCCCAUCCUCACCUGCUCCAGUCCUUCGCUGUCGCCGCACACCUCGCCGCCGUCCGCGAUCCUGGCGCCGCGCGGGCCAUCCUCGUUCGUGCCCUCCGCUUCCCGUCCCCUCAUCGCCAUUUCGUGGAGCAGUUCAUCUCCACCUAUAAGGCCUUCUCCGCCGACCCUGUCUCGUUCGACCUCCUCCUCUCGUGCCUCCCCUCCGCGCCACUCCUCCGCCGCCUCCGCCAGUACGGCAUCUCCCCCUCCGCGGAGUCCUGUAACGCGGUGCUCUCGCGUCUCUCGCUCGAUGAAGCCAUCCAGCUGUUUCAAGAGCUCCCCGAUAAGAACACCUGCUCGUACAAUAUACUACUCAAGGCGAUGUGCAGCGCUGGCUGCAUCAAGGAUGCACACCAGUUGUUCGAUGAAAUGGCAUCGCCACCAGAUGUUGUAACAUAUGGCAUUAUGGUGCAUGGGUAUUGUGCUCUUGGUGAGCUGGAGACUGCAGUUAAGCUGUUAAGUGAAAUGGGGACAAGGGGGUUGGAGCUCAACCCAGUAGUGUAUACUAGUGUCAUUGCACUGUUGUGCGACAAAGGGCAGGUUUCAGAUGCUGUGAGGGUGGUAGAAGAUAUGGUGAUGCAUGGGGUGGUGUUGGAUGCAGUGGUGUUCACAACGGUAAUAAGUGGGUUCUGUAGGAAAGGUAAUUUGGUAGCUGCAAGGAAUUGGUUUGAUGAGAUGCACAAGAGAGGGUUGGCACCUGAUGCAGUGACGUAUACUGCACUGAUCAGUGGGCUUUGUCGAGCUGGAGAGUUGAAAGAGGCAGAGAGAGUGCUUCAGGAGAUGGAGGACAAGGGGUUGGACAUUGAUGCGGUCACAUAUACGGUGCUCAUUGAUGGGUACUGUAAGGUAGGGAAGAUGAUGGAGGCCUUUCUGGUGCAUAACAAAAUGGUGCAGAAACGAGUGACACCAAAUGUGGUGACAUACACGGCUCUGUCAGAUGGACUUUGCAAGCAGGGGGAUUUGCAGGCUGCUAAUGAACUAUUGCAUAAGAUGUGCAACAAAGGGUUAGAACUGAAUGUUUUCACAUACAACUCCCUGAUCAAUGGCCUGUGCAAGGCUGGUAAUCUGGAUCAAGCCAUGAGGACUAUGAUAGACAUGGAUAAGGCAGGCCUUAAACCGGAUGUUUACACAUACACUACUAUCAUUGGUGCUCUUUGCCAGUCUGGAGAGCUUGAUAGGGCUCACAGCCUUUUACAGGAGAUGUUAGAUAAAGGAAUUAAACCUAGUAUUGUGACUUAUAAUGUUCUAAUAAAUGGGUUUUGCAUGUCAGGUAGGGUAGAAGGAGGAAAAAGGCUGCUUGAAUGGAUGCUGGAGAAGAACAUCCGCCCAAAUACCACAACUUACAAUUCUCUUAUGAAGAAAUACUGUAUUGACAAAAACAUUAAAUCAACCACCGAGAUCUACAAGGGAAUGCUUUCGCAGGAGGUGGCACCAAAUGAAAACACAUAUAAUAUUUUGAUAAAGGGACACUGUAAGGCAAGAAAUAUGAAAGAGGCACUGUAUUUCCAUAGUGAAAUGAUAGAAAAGGGAUUUAAACUUACUGCAAGCUCAUACAAUGCUCUUAUAAGAUUGUUGAAUAAAAAGAAAAAAAAUAUUGAGGCAAGAAGAUUAUUUGAAAAGAUGAGGAAGGAAGGUUUGGCAGCCGAACCAGAUGUAUACAACUUUUAUAUUGAUCUCAGUUUUAAUGAAGAUAAUUUGGAGUCAACUCUUGCACUUUGUGAUGAGCUGGUGGAAGCCACUCUUGUAAAAUCUAAAGCUGCCGUGGACAACGACUUUGCAGAAGAGCAUAUAUGCAAGUAACAUGGUUUGACAAAUGAUAUCAUCCUAAUCUUAUGUGGAACAAUAUCACACAUAGAACUGCUCCUUUUUCCAUGCUUAACUAACAAUUGAGCAAUCAUGAGACUUCUUGAGAAGAUGUGGAGGAACUUGGAUAUUACAGAGACAUGUUUUCUUGCAGCUUGCUCAUCAUGGUUUAUGCAAUUUGCAACCAAUUCAAACCCUUCAUAAUUAUCAAAUCUGCAGUGACUACAGUGUUAAACUGUGUGAAAUUACAUUUGUGCCUCGUAUUGCCCCUGGUUAGGAAAAAGGUCUAUCGCUCCAAGAUGCUGAGUACAUCUACUAUUGGACUAUGUCUGUUGGUCAAAUCAGGACUCUCCUGACACCAAAGUUCCGAUGAACUAAUGAUGUCAUGCUGAUGCACAGAGCACAAUUUUAUACUUAAUUUAGGUUAAGCUAUGCGAUCACACAUAUAUGCAUAUGAAAAAAAGGACUGUACACGCAUCUGUAUGUACAUAAUGGGAUAAAUCAUUAACUGUAUUAUAGUCUUAUAGGUAUUGCAUUGUUCGUCCAGUGUUCAUCCACACAGCUAAAGCAUUCAAUCCAUUCCCUAUAUUGUCAUGACUUGACAUAUGUGUACUCAACAUCCUCUUCGCAAUGUGUGAUCAAUAAUGUUGUGAUAAUUUUUAACAGAUAGAUCAUCCCUUUGUGCAUGUAAAGAAAUAAAUGAUGAUUCUUAGUUAAAAGCACUCAAGGCCAUGAGGAAUGAGUACUGCUCCCUUCUUCUGUGGUUUUCAGUAUGAUUCAUAUGUGGAAUUGUGUAUAAUGUGAUGGUGUACUCAAGUCUUAAAGUUCAAUUAUCACACAAACGAUCAGUGAACCAAGGAUUCCCUUAGAUGGAUUUCUGCUAAACCACUUUAGCCUUUAGGAUUGGAUGUUCUUUUCCCACCAUUACACGAAAUUGCAGUAUUUUAUUCGCUGAAUCAUGUACAGCUUUUUCCUAUUUGGAUGCAUUGUAAUAUUGUACUUUUUUUUCUUCCCCAGUUGUUAUAUACUGUGUGUUUUUUACCAGUUGAAUUCUCUAUCCAUUUUUUUAUGGUAUGCACAAGUAUAUAACACAGUAUAUACACUAUUAUGUCAAACUUGUGUUCUGAAAUGCAUGCUCAUGAAUCUUAGUAUGUUUGACAGUUCCUGUAGUUACAUACCAUAAAUAUACCGAACAAUCAACUACUUAUAAAUCUAUUUAUAAUAUAGUCUGAUUUGCUAAAGAUAAAAGUUAAUACGGCCUGUAUGUAAAACGUUGUGCACAUCUUGAUGUUCUAGUUCUUGUAUCUGGUUUUGAGUGGGAUAUGCAAGUCUGCAAGCUUUGUCUCAUUCCUUGUUUAAGUGCAUGAUUGUAGGGAAAAUUUUCCAUGGUGUUUUUGGCAAUGUCAACACUGAAGUAUUACAAUGCUGAUGGUCUGGACCUGAGUUGGAUAUUUGGAGCAGAGGAGAAGUUUCUUUCUGCCUGCAUAAUUUGGUUACAGACGAAGACAGUGGUCAGGCUGUGAACAAGUGAAUAAACCAUCAGGGGGGGUAUUAAGCCAAAUAUAAACAACAGCUAAUUUUUCCAUUGAUUAUCCCGUAUGGAUGAGAUGAAGAUGAAGCCAAACAAGUGGAACCAGAGGUGGUGGUGGGCUAGAUCCUCUCGUUGUCGUCUCUAUACCGGAGCAGAGGAAGAAGGGCGCGACGUCCAUGAACCAUGCCAGAACACCCCUGUUUUAUGUGACAUGCUCGAAGAUGUGCCGCCGUCGUCUCCUUGCUCUCCGGCGACACCUCCACAAGUUAGAGCUUCGCAUUCUCCGAUCUCGAGUCGAGCUCGGAUUGAACGAUGCCGCGUCGUACAAGGAUUCUGCUUGCUUCCUUCAUCGACUUCAACUCGGACUCGGACUUGGCCGGCUGGCCAUAAAUCCAAGCGCACACCCUGCCGCCUCCGCCCGCAUUCACCAUCUCCUUCCACCGAUCCUCGCACGCAGCAUUGUUCGUCCAUGGCGCAUCGUCUCCGCUCCAGCGACCGCAGCAGGAGCCUCGGCGUCGACGCCAAGGGGAGGGUGUCCAAGAAGACGUCGUCGGGAUCGCCCGUCAACAAGUCGUCGUCCCGGGGUGAGACGCCGGCGGCCGCGCCCGUGUCAUUCAAGACAGGCGACCAGGUGCGCGUCCGCACGCCGGUGGGGAGGCUGCUGCCCUCGACGCUGCGUCUCGUCCUGUGGCUCGGCGCGGUCGUCGUCUCCGACGCCGGCGACGACGACGACGGCCAUCUCGAGGUCUUGUACAACGGCAACUUCCCGCGCGGCGACCCCUUCCGGACCGUGCGCGUCGCCAUCAAGGACGUCAAGCUGCCCGCCGUCGACCACACCGCACCGCCGUCGUCUGACAGCACGGCCACGGCAGCCCCGCGGCGGAGCAAGGGCGGCGGCAAGUGUAAGCUGCUGCUGCUGAAGGAGAUGCAGGCCAACUCCGACGCCGCAUCUACACGGUGAUCAGUAUCGUGUCGGUGCAGAAGCUCGUAGGAUUCAGAACAAGGGCUCCAUCUGUCGUCUUCCUAUGAUUUUUUUUUUCUUUUUUGAUGUAGUGGAAGGCGCUAAGUUUGAUCCCGCAUUUGUCGUAGAUUCGUCGAUAGGAUGAUAUUCUUUGGAAUUCUUCGGAUUAGAAGAAGAAAAUGAAAUCUGUGAAUUGUAAUUAUCAUUGAUUUUGAAAGAAAGAUCAAGAUUUGUUUACAUGCGAGCGAUGCAUUUUUUAUA